AUGUUGCAGGACGUGGUGAUUACAAAGCUCUUCUUACCAGAGAGACGAGGGAACCUCUUAUUGACAAACAUACAACAAGAGCCAACUUCGGAAGGCUCCCCCUCGCAAAUUUUAUCCGUCCCAUUGGCAACCUCUUCAGCUGCCAAUAGGAUUGAUGAACAAAUUAUGAAUUCUGAUUCUACUAAUGAUAAUCUCCUAUGGGGUCGUAUCUCUCGAAACUCAUCGGGAGAUUUACGAUUUCCCGGCAUAAAUUGCACUUUUAAAAGUGCUAAUUCAGUCUUGAGGCAAAUUUAUCAAUCGGCUAUGGCUCAAGACAGUUUGACUUUACAGUUACCGGCAUCCGCGAUUCAAUGUGAAAAUGAGGCAAAUAUUCGUUUAGAAAACUCACUACCAAAUUCGCUACUUAAUUCAAUUUCAAGAAAAGGUUUUUAUACUUGCCUGUGUUGCCGAUCAACAUUUACAAGCAGUGCUUUGUAUGAAGACCACCUGGAUCGUACCGUUGCUCGAAUAUUGUAUCGUUGUCAUCUCUGUCGUGCUUCUUGGACAACAACUUCACGUGAGGCGGUCAGUAUCGCUGAUGUAAAUACAAGUCAUCAUCAUCGUCCGGAGGACAACAGUAGAAAUCCUUCUGAAUCAACUAGUAGUUCUGUUGUCGCUGCUGGUAGUUCGCAUGAAGUCACGCUUGCUAUGAUCCCGACUACUACUACUAACAACAACAAUAAUAAUCAUGAAAGCGAAAUCUCCUCACGAUUUUAUUCUGUUCUGCCGGGUGGAAUUAUCAGCGCUAAUAAUAAAUGCGCCAUAUUUACUCAUUUGACAUCUGUACACCCGGAUAAAAGAAGCGAUUGGAUUCUAAGACCAUCGCUUCUUACAAUUUGUCCGUUGGUUACGCCAGCCACAUAUUUAAAUUUAGCAGCACUGACCGCCUCUACUACUACUACUACUACUACUACUACUACUACUGAUAUACAACCUUCUGAUGCAGGGA